CCGGUGUGGGCGCUGCGGCCCCGGCCGCGUCCGGAGGGAAAAGUUGCGGCGGCUCCGGAGCCGGGCGGGCGCUGCACCCGCGGCGGGCGGCGAGGGCCGGGCGACCUCCGGCCAAGCGCCCUUUUGUUCGCCGCAGCCCGGAGAGGCGGCGACCCGGCGGUGCCCGAGCCGGCGGGGCCCUGCGGAGCGCGGCUGGGCGUGGCUGGCGGGCAGACAGACAGACAGACAGCCGGGCGCUUGUCCGCCGCCGAGCACCGCUCCGCCGGUAUGUCGAGGAACUUGCUAGAACUGAGUUUGACAAUGAAGCGCUAGCGCAGCCCUCCCGCCUGCCCGGCCGCGCCGCCAAGGAUGCGUCAGGAUGAAACGCCACAGGCAUCUAAGCACCAGUGACAGUUCAGACAAUGAGAGUCCUUCCACUUCCUUUUCUUCUUGUUCUAAGUACAGGAGCAAGUCAAAAACACCAGCAAAUGAACAAAAGAAGCCUGCUGAGGUGUUCCGCAAGGAUCUCAUUAGUGCCAUGAAACUCCCAGAUUCUCACCAUGUCAACCCUGACGAGUAUUACGUCUUUGCGGACACAUGGAAGCAAGAAUGGGAGAAAGGGGUUCAGGUUCCAGCCAGUCCAGAAACUAUUCCGCAGCCUUCUCUCAGGGUUGUAGCAGAAAAGGUAAAAGAAGUACUGUAUACACGACCCAGAAAAUACAUCCACUGUUCCAGCCAAGAACCCACAGAACCAGGUUACAUCAACAUUUUGGAACUAGCAGAGUCUGUGUGUCGCUAUGACUUGGAUGACAUGGACAUCUUUUGGCUCCAGGAGCUAAAUGAAGAGCUUACAGAAAUGGGAUGUGGGCUCCUGGAUGAAAACACGAUGGAAAAGACAAUUGAAGUGCUGGAGCGGCACUGUCAUGAGAACAUGAAUCACGCCAUCGAGACCGAGGAGGGGCUGGGUAUCGAAUACGAUGAGGACGUCAUCUGUGAUGUGUGCCGGUCCCCGGACAGCGAAGAUGGGAAUGACAUGGUGUUCUGUGACAAGUGUAACAUUUGUGUCCAUCAGGCUUGCUAUGGAAUCUUAAAAGUACCUGAAGGGAGCUGGCUGUGUCGCACCUGUGUCCUGGGAAUACAUCCUCAGUGCCUCCUCUGUCCUAAAAGAGGAGGUGCCAUGAAAGCUACCAGGACAGGGACCAAGUGGGCACAUGUGAGCUGUGCUCUUUGGAUUCCAGAGGUUAGUAUUGCUUGCCCAGAAAGGAUGGAGCCAAUCACAAAGGUGUCUCACAUUCCACCAAGUCGAUGGGCUCUAGUGUGUAGUUUAUGCAAACUGAAAACUGGUGCUUGCAUUCAGUGCUCUGUGAAAAGCUGCAUCACUGCCUUUCAUGUCACCUGUGCCUUUGAGCAUAGUUUAGAGAUGAAGACUAUCCUGGAUGAUGGGGAUGAGGUCAAGUUCAAGUCGUACUGUCUAAAGCACAGCAAGAACAAACAGAAUUCGCUGCCUGAAGUUGAGGAGCAUCCCAAGAGUGUGCCAGAGCAGAAGCAAACAGAGAGUGAGAAAACGAGCCUCCGAGCCCAAAAACUCCGAGAGCUGGAAGAAGAGUUUUACUCACUAGUGAAAGUGGAGGAUGUUGCAGCAGAGCUGGGCCUUCCUAAACUUGCUGUAGACUUUAUCUACAAUUACUGGAAAUUAAAGAGAAAAAGUAACUUUAACAAACCAUUGUUUCCUCCCAAGGAGGAUGAAGAAAAUGGCUUGGUGCAGCCAAAAGAAGAUAGCAUACAUACUCGCAUGAGGAUGUUCAUGCAUUUAAGGCAGGACCUAGAGAGGGUAAGAAAUCUCUGCUACAUGGUAAGCAGGAGGGAGAAACUGAAGUUGUCCCACAGUAAAGUACAUGAACAGGUCUUCAACUUGCAAGUCCAACUCAUUAACCAGGAAAUUGCUGCAGGCCAUACCCUGACAAGUGCACUAGAGAACACACUGUUCUACCCACCUCCCAGGAUCACCCUGAAGUUAAAAAUGCCCAAAUCAGCACUGGGAGACUGCAAAAAUAACUCGCUGAAGCCUGGCAACAGACCGCUUUCUCCUGACAACAGCAGCACUGUUUACAGCAAACGGAGUGUGUCAAAGGAAUCAUUUGAAAUUAAAGCAAAAUCUUAUGCCAGGUAUCAGCACGACAGCAGAAGUAAUGGGCUGCUGGCAGGGAUCGGCAAGCCUCGGAGCGAGGCAAAGGACUCUGGCCCCACGCAGCUGAUGGAGUUUCACCGGGGCCAGCCUUCCGGGAAGCCUUUAGCACUCCAGGCUGCUUUGCAUGGACAGUCUUCCAUCGGGAAUGGGCGGGUGCAGCAGGAGAACUCAAGGCUGGUGUCCAAAUCCAAUGGUCUGAUGAGCAGGGCGGGAGAUGUGAGCCAGAGAGACAGCUCCAGCCAGACGUCCUACGAACAAGAGUCCGUGCUCACAGCUCACUUGGCCAGCCAGAGUGGAUUCCGAAAAUCCACCAUAGAACAUUUCAGCCGGUCCUUUAAAGAGGCUACCAACAGUCUGGUGAGGACCACGGAAGAUCUCCGGUGCUGUGAAAAGCCAACGAGAAGACUCGCAACAAAAGAUCGCUUGUGGAGCAAGCAGACACUUGAAGGUGCUCCAUACCAGGACAAUGAUGGGUACUGUCCUGACUUAGAGCUGAGUGACUCUGAAGCAGAAAGUGAUGAAAACAAAGAACAAGUGAGGUUAAGACGAAGUAGCUCAGAGAGAGAAAGCCCAAGUAAGGACUUUGGAAGAGACUGUCACAAUAGAAACAAAAAGAAUAUGAUAUCUCACAGUUCGGUACAAAGGUGAUUAGAAGCCCCCACGGGGUAAUUCAGCCUUUAUGUAUUCCAGUGUACCAGUGCAAAGCUCAGCAUCAAAAGGUUCCAGAAAAUAGUCUAGGACCUAUUUAGAAAGAGCUGCAGUAGGGGAUGGGGGAGGGGAGAGAAAUCAGAGUAGUUUUGUUCAACUGUGAAUUGGUUUGCAGUCUUUGCAAGGUGAGCUCAGUUAUCCACCAAGUCAUGUGAAAAUUGUGUCUUUUAUCAGAGGGUAACAUCUGGGAGAGCACAAAGCGGUUAAUCGUGCAAAAAUUCAGGAAGCCGCUUCCCCCUUGCCAGCUGAAGGGCAAGGCACCGUGUUCAUGUGGGGGUAGUCUUGUGGUGGUGGGCAGGUUUUGAAGAAGUCCUUGCAUUGCCCUAAUGUGUUGCAAGAGACUGCAAACGGAGACACUGAAACUGCGUUGUUAUGGCACCUGCAGUAUGGCUUUGAUCCAGCAAUGCACUUACGGAUGUGUUAGGAAGUUAAGCACGUGAAAAGUCCUGCUGGUUUCCCCCGGGAACGUUUGUGCUCAGCUAUCCGAGCACAUGCCGGUGUGCUCUGCUGGAUCAGGCCCAAAGUGACUACUAAGUGAUGAUCCCCUUCUGCAGGAGGCUUUGAACUGCAGUGGCGUUUGCAGGCUCCCUGCAGAGGGCGGAAGCAGGCGUCGCUGGCGCUGCCAAACUCGCUGACCUCUAGACGUGCCCCCCCUUCCCUGCUUUUGCUGAAGGUUGUGUUUCUCUUCACAAUAAUUCGCUUAUUUUGUAAAUAUACAACUUCUAGUACUUCAGUUUUUUAAUCUCUGUACAUAGAUGCUUGUUGUGGGAUGCACUUGUAAAUAUUUUACCCAGCUAACAAGUACAGAUGGCUAAUUUUGUGGAUAGUGUUUACAAAAGUAGAUGUACUACUUCAAAGAAAAAGGCUAUUUGACACUUACAUUUAGGCAAUCACCGGUGAUGCCAGGUUCCUCUUGAAACUGAGAUUUCAUAUCCAGAGGUGUUUUUACCUGGUAUUUUUAAAGUCUGCUGAAUUAGAAAUAAUUUUAGCUGAAUUUUUUUUUUCAGGUGCAAAUUUUCAACCCUAGUUGCCUGAACACAAGCAUAGGAGUCUUCUGGCAUCUAGGUCUGUAAAAUUUUAGCCAGUCAUCAUUUAGAGUAUGAUGGUUUAAUUAAAGAUGGGGUUUUUUUUUUAAUUCCUGAAAAUC